AAGUGGAGUUCAUGCAGUGAUGUUAGGGGAAUGCCAGCUAAUAAUCUUCUUGUUUCUGCAUGCACACUAUUCACUGGAGCAACAUAUACAGACAUCGCUGAUUGGGCCACUUUGCUCAACCUUCAAAUACCCCAUAAAACCACUUACUUUGACAUUCAGUCUUCCUACCUGAUUCCAGUCAUUGAUGAAGAAUAUAAAGAACAACAGAAAGCAGCAAUGAAUGACUUACAUUUACAAACUGAACUCUGUAAUCCAGUUCAUUUGUCCGGAGAUGGGAGGUCAGACAGCCCUGGAUUUUCGGCCAAAUACAACACGUACAGUUUCAUGGAUGACACAACAGACAAGAUUGUUCACUUUGAAUUGGUGCAGGUUACAGAAGCAUCCAGUUCUGUGGCCAUGGAGCCAGUAGGAUUCAAGAGGGCUGUGAACACAAUACAAGAACAAGGAAUCAAAAUCGACGUGCUGACCACAGACAGAUCGCCAUCUAUUAGAAAGAUUAUGCGUGUAGAAUAUCCCAACAUUCACCACGAAUUUGAUAUUUGGCAUGUAGUCAAAGGACUUUCCAAAAAGUUGUGCUCCAUGUCAAGAUACAAGGACAAUCGAGAGCUGCAGCCAUGGACACGAAGUAUUUGCAACCAUUUAUGGUAUUGCUCUGCAACUUGUGGAGGCGACCCUGACGAACUGAUCGAAAAUUGGAAGUCCAUACUUUAUCACAUUACAGGUGUGCACAGUUGGUUUAAAAGAAGGAAAGCAGAAAAAAUGUGUACACAAUGAUCUCAGUCCAGAACAGCAACGCAGAAAAAAAUGGCUUGGAAAAGACUCACGUGCCUUCCACACACUGCAGAGUCUUGUCCUGGACAAAGGACUUGAAAAGGAUUUGAGGCAAAUGGCUCUUUUCAAACACACUGGACAACUGGAGGUGUUUCAUUCUGUCCUACUGAAAUACUGCCCAAAGAACCUGCAUUUUCAUUAUGCGUCCAUGGUUGCACGAACACAACUCGCUAUCCUUGACCAUAAUAAAAAUGUAGGUCGUCAACAAGCAACAACCACUACUGGUAAGUUGAAAACAACAUAUUGUGUGUAACUACUAAAGAUUUUUCAAUAUGGUGUGUGAUGACAAUAGAUCUAAGUUAAUCAAGUUGAGAAUCAAAUGUGAACAUUCUAUUGUAGUAAUGUAAUCAAUACAAAUCGUGUAAUUUAUUAUGUUUCAUCAAUUUUCUUUUAUUAUAGGUGCAUCUCGGUACAAAGUGGUUUUCCCCAAACAUACCAAAGAAUGGGUAGCCAAAACGAUUUUUA